UGCUCUGUCUGAUCAUUAAACUACUCACCCAAAACAAUCCUGACAUCAAAAUAGUGCUCAUGUCAGCCACCAUUCAGGGGGAUUUAUUCUUGAAGUAUUUUGCCAAAGAAGAGGAAAUCAAACUGAUGUCCCAGGCAUCUAUAUUUGUUGGCACCAAGAGAUAUCCCGUGGAGCUGGUCUACCUGGAGAACAUUAACCAGAGGUUUGGUUCAGACCUGACAUCAUUUCAGAAAGUGAAACUCGCCACUCUGAUCAUGAAGUACAACCAGACGACCCCAGCACACUACUUGACGUCAGAUGAUCCUAGUGACCAGCCCAUUAAAGAGUUUUUACUGGAGUUGAAGGAUGCUCAUUUGUACAAUGCGGUAGGAAAGAGGCUGGCAGCAAGUAGGGAGGCCAAAGGUAGCUCUGUGACAGAUCUAGAAUAUGACCUGGCUCUCACUCUGAUCAGGUUGUCUGCAGUACCUGGGGAGAGUAUCUUGGUUUUUCUACCUGGUAAGUUCAGAUAUCUUGAUGUGAGCAUUUACAUGCGUAACUCCACAUUCAUAUCACAUGUAAUUUAACAGAUGCGACAUCAGCAAGUACAUUUAAAAAGUGAUUAAUUGCAACCUACACAUGUGAUUUUGCUGUCUGGAAUUUUAACAUGUACUACACUGCCAUUGCUUAAGUAAAUACCAUAAAUAAAAAAAAUUUAAGUGAGAAAACUUAC